GGUGUAUGCUCCAAUGAUAUUCCAGCAUCAGCGCGGUCAUGAGGAAGUGACACUCAUUGAUUUGAUGCUAGAAGAAGACAAAAGUAGACUUCACAAUAUUCACCAGCAUGGCGGCUUCAACUACAAGUGACAUCACAUAUGAUGACCUCAGAGCACUUUUGGACAAAAGGCCAAGCUUACUUCUGGUUGAUGUCCGUACAAAGGAGGAAGUGGAUAAGGGACACAUACCUGGAUCACUUCAUAUCCCAGUCAACACGGUAGGAGAAGCCUUCACCAUGGAUGCAGAAGCCUUCAAGAGUAAAUAUGGAGUCAGCAAGCCGGCGUUGGACUCUUCAGAGCUGAUCUUUCACUGCCAGAUGGGCAAGCGAGGCUCAACGGCCACAAGCAAAGCCGUGGAACUUGGCUACGUUAAUGCACGUAAUUACGCUGGCGGAUACAAGGAGUGGUCCCAGAAAGCAGGGCAGUGACUUAUAUAUAAGCAUAUAUAUAAGAACUUAUAUAUAAGUCACUUAUAUAUAAGUACUUAUAUAUACAGUGCAUACAUACAUUCAAUGAUUGCUAGUGUUAUAUAUACACAUUCCAUGAUUGCUAGUGUUAUAUAUACACAUUCAAUGAUUGCUAGUGUUAUGUAUACACAUUCAAUGAUUGCUAGUGUUAUAUAUACGUAAGUCACUUAUAUAUAAGUGCUUAUAUAUAAGUCACCUUUCUAAAAGCAUUUGAAUGCUACAUUCAAGGGAAAAUAUUUAUUUGAUUUUCUUUUAUUCCAUCCUGUUUUUCAGCUCCACUUCCUGUUGUAAUUAAAUAAAUAAAAUGUGGUGUUUCCCUGCUUG